AUGGUUGAAUCAGUGGUGAAGGUUAUUGAUGAUGUUGGGAAGUUGUUGGAGGAGUGUCCCUCAAAUAUUCAGAUUUAUCAAGAUGUUUUAGUUGGAUUAGGCACUAUGGUAUCUAAAACAUCAGAAGAUGAAAAAUAUAGAGAAACUUUGGCUAAUAAUAGAGAUAUUUGGGUUCAUUGUCGAGAUUCCUUAAGGAGAUGUAUUUCAGAUAAGUCUCAGCGAAUUGCCAGUGUCGAUGUUAGGUUUAUUUAUUUAAGGACUUUGAGAGGUUUGAUCUUAUUACUAAGAAACCUGUCAGCAAGUAAUCAAGAAAUAGCUAGAGACCUGUUGAUACAGAAUACGGUGAUUAAUAGUUUCACCCAUGUAACUAGCCUUUCUAGCACAUAUGAGGAGAUUGAAGUGUCUCUGUUUAUCAUCACUUCCAGUUUAUUGCAUAACAUUACAAAAGGUUUCUAUUUGUUUGAUAAAACUACAAUGGAUGAAAUUAUGAUUUAUUUGAAGUAUCCAUUACUACAUAAGGGGAAACAAUUGGAUCUUAUCUAUCCAUAUGUAUUGUUUUUCCUGAAUUUGUCGUAUAAUGACGACUUCUUAUACCAUUUUUACCGCCAUAAGGAUGUAAAUAUUGUGUUAAGAAAUAUUAUUUUAGAAGAUAUUGUUGUAUAUAACACCAGUCUUCAUAAAUAUAUGAAUAAGAGACAUAUAUCAUCGGAUAUCCAUAAUUUGUCAUCAUUAGAGAUACAUAUUUUGAAAUUAUUUUCAAGAAUUGCUUCAAAUGAAUCGUUUGCACCAUAUUUUGAGCAAACAGAAAAGGAUGACGAAGAGUAUUUCUUUAAGUUCUUCAAAUUAAUGCAAUUAGUUGUUACAAGCCAUGAAAGAUGGGAUAAAUACCAGCUAACAGCAAUUAUGGCAUGGUGUUAUAGAAUUUUUGAACAAUCGGCAGAAUCUGUAAAGCAAUACUUUGAGCUAAAGAAAGAUGAUGAAUCGAUUGCUAUCUUCUUACAUGAAAAACUUACAAUUUCCUUGGAUAUAAUGUCAAAAUUGUCAGAAUAUGAACAUGUUCAGAAAUUCAUUCUUUUUUAUCAAGGCUUGGAAAAACUAAUAGAACUCUUCAGAAUAUUACAAGAAAAUUUAAUAAAAAUUAAUUUCCACAAGGACAAUAAAGGUAACAUCAAAGAUAUAAAGUCAACAAAUUCAUUGGGAGAUAAAAUCACAAGUAGUGAACUGUUAAAUAACAGGGUUGAUUAUAAGCACCAGGCUAUUAAAGCAACAAAUUUUCCUGAAUGUAAGUCGUUACUUGUUGAAAUCCUAUCAAAUUUAACAUUUGAAAACAAAGAAGUUCAAGACAAUAUCAGAGAGCUAAGAGGUUUGGAACUAAUCUUAUCAAACUGUGUAAUUGAUGAUAACGAUCCUUUCAUUAAGGAAAGAAGUAUUAUGUGUAUUAGAUUCUUACUGACAGAAAACAAAGAAAACCAGUCGUUUGUAGCUGAUCUGGAGGCAAAGAAAGCAGUCCAAGACGAAACUUUAUCUGAAGCAGGUUACGAAGUUAAAAUUGAUGAAAACGGUAAUGUUGGUUUAGUUUCAAAUGGCAAAGAAGGACCCCUUCCAAAAAAGCCAAAAAUUUAA